UUUUGUCCACAUCCGCCGCAAGGUCAAAACGCCGCAUCUGAGUAUGACGGCCGUUUUGGGCGCUUGACCCUCUUGUCUCCUCCCUCCAUCUUCCCUUCUCUCUCCCCCGCAACGCUCCCCCGCCCCGUAUAUCGUCGCAUGGUGUGGUGCUUUGGCUUCGGCAACAACCACUGGAGGAAACACAAGAUGGCUGCUACCACCCCGCGAAGAGCGCAUCCGCCCGCCCCAUUCAUGCAGAGCGUUGCGCUCCCCGUGACGACGCCGUCCCCUGCGGGCUACCGCGAGCAAUAUCGGUCCCCGCAACCGUCGUGGGGCCAGGCUAUGGCCCAGCAGUGGCCGAAUGUGUCGAUGUACGCUCCCCCGCCCGCGCCCCAGUGGGUCGGGCCCUCCCCAUAUGUUCCUCUAGGCCAUGGCCACCCGCAUGCUUCGAAUGUGUUUGCCCACCGAGCCCCGGUUACGAGUCAAGCGCCGCCACCCGUAAACCGCGCCACAAGGCCGCCCACACGGCCGUCCACACGGCCCCAGAACCAUCUUCCCGAAUUGCGAAUGCCCCAACCGUCGCGAGGGGCAUUGGAUACGACUGCUGCUCGCCUGCAAGCCUCCGUGGCGUCCCCUGUACCUGCUCCUCCCGCGCCACACACCCAUGGAAGACAGCCCACUCCCAAUAUGCUCCCGCCAUCCAGCUCCCGUCAUCGACACACACGGUCGCACAGUCGUGGCGGCCCACCUGGACAUGGCUACCCCGCGCAGCCGAUUCCGAUGCAACCACCGCCCAACGGAAUGAUGCCGCCACCUCCGGGACACCCACAUCUCGGUCCCCAGCCUCCUCCCAACCCAGCACCAGCUCUAGCACCGGCACCCGCAGCGGCAGCGGCACCGCCGUCCAGAAACGUGUUGGAAGACAUUUUUUCUGGUCGCUCGCCGUUGCGGCCGAGCAGCCGGAGCUCUUCGGUCGCGGAUGAGCCCGAGCCGCCCCCGCGCCCUCUCCGCCGCAACACGACUCCGGCAACGGCCCGAAAUAACCCCGCGGCUCAAGCUCCCCGCAACGCAACUCCUGGGCCGUCGAAUCAGGCCGCUGGGCAGAACGGCUCCGCACCCCAGGCUGGACAGCCGCAGAUCAGUCCGCUACGCGGAAUCGUACGCGGGCGCGAGAGGACGCCGGAGGAGAGACAGGCCCUGUACACCGACGGUCCGGUGUCCAUUUUGCGGGGCUCGACGAAUCACAGACAGCGGGUGCCAAGUGGCGGAACUUCCGGCAGCAUCACAGGGCGGAUCACUGGCACCAUAUACCACCCCCCCGAAGAGCUUCCCUUGGCACCUGAGCAUAUUGAGCUGGACUGGCGCUUGAAGCAGCAGCAGGGCCGCCCGGGGCACCGCGAGUACACCAGCCCGUGCAUAGCCUACGACCUUUCUCGCGAUCCGCGCGAUCCGCGUAAUGUUCUCGACAUCCGCCGGCCGCGUGACGUCUCCCUCAUCGGGCACCACGACAUCCGAUCGCCUGCGUCGGUCCACACGGUCCUCAACACGAUGACCAUCCGCGCCAAACACAUUCACAACGGCGGCAUUCGCGUGGAAAGGGCGGGGACCGGGGGGCUGCGUGUGCUCGACGUCUUGAAGGGCAUCUACGACGCCUAUAAUGUCCCCCUCGACAUCGAAGAGCUGUAUGAAGAGGACCGGGAGGCGUUGAUCAGAGAGCUGCGGCGGCGCCUCCCGCGCUCGGCGCUGUCGGACGAUGCGCUCGUGGCCCAGCACAGCCAGGGUCUGCGCCGUUUUGAUUUGCUCGGGCGCGAGCGCGCGUUCGAUGGGCUGUGGCGGAACAGCCAGAUGAACUGGGAUUUGCAUUUCAAGGAGCUAUAA